AAACGCUGGGAUUGGCUCAAAACAGGGCUGUGUUGAUCCAGUGGCUGGGCUUUGGCAUCCUGUCAAUCUGCUGUCUGCUCAAAAGCCUAGAAAUAGUGCUGGGCCAAUGUGCUGGCCUCUGAGAAAGGAAGCAGCCAUGCAAGUGCUAACGAAACGCUACCCCAAGAACUGCCUGCUGACUGUCAUGGAUCGGUACUCGGCUGUGGUGCGGAACAUGGAGCAGGUGGUGAUGAUCCCCAGCCUUCUGAGGGAUGUGCAGCUGAGUGGGCAUGGGGGCUCGGUCCAGGACGGAGCCCCUGAUCUCUACACCUACUUCACCAUGCUGAAGAGCAUCUGUGUAGAAGUGGACCACGGGCUGCUGCCAAGGGAGGAAUGGCAGGCCAAGGUGGCUGGCAACGAAGCCAGCGAGGCUGAGAAUGACGCUGCCGAAACAGAGGAGGCAGAAGAGGACAGGAUCUCGGAGGAGCUGGACCUAGAAGCCCAGUUCCACCUGCACUUCUCCAGCCUCCAUCACAUCCUUACACACCUGACCCGGAAAGCACAAGAGGUGACCCGGAAGUACCAGGAAAUGACGGGGCAGGUCAUGUAGGUCUCCGACUGUACGGAAGAUCACUUUACACGAGAGAGAAGAUGAGGACCCAGCGGUGCGCCAGCCCCGAGACCUGGAAGGCAGGCCUGGAGCCAGGUGGACUUGAAGGCAGCUUCUGUCUCUGGGUGCUUCCCCACCUCCCUCUGAGCACAUCUCAGACUUGGUUGCAGGCUCACCUUUAAGAUGUUUGUUGCGAUUCCCAAUUUCUCUUCAGUGUCUUAGCAGUUUGAGGUUGACAAGGCAGCAAGGAUCAGUAGAAAGCAAAGGUAUCAGCAAGUGGUCAAAGUUCACGUCCCACCUCUGGGGUGUCAUUUAGUGCCUGGUGUCACAGUUAUUCUUUCAUGUAUAAAGCAGGGAUGCUGUAUCUACCUCACAAGGUUAGUAAACGUGACACGGAAUCAAAAGCACCUGGCACGCGCCGACAUCUGUACAGCUGGUGUUUCUCAUAUCUUCCUUGGAGUGCAUGCUGUAUGUAUAUGUAGCUCUUGCUUUAACCCCACCCCUAGGGAAAAAGUUGAGGUAGUGGAGUGUGUGGGAUGAGCUACUCACCCUGUUGGAUCUGAUGAGGCUGAGCACAAGUGAACUAUGUACCUAAGUAUUGCAGUAGCAAUUAAAAACAAAAACCAUGGCA